AUAUAGAACGACAGGGCGGCAACAGCUGGCUAACCACCAUCAGGAAAGUUAAAAAAGAAUAAUUCCCAUUAUUUAACUGAAAUCACAAUAAUAAAACUUACCCUUUAAUUAUUCCACUUAAUCUAGUCUCCUAUCGAAGCCUUGACCUCUCUCUCUCUCUCUCUCUCUCUCUCUCGCCUGAAACCCUUUGAUGUUCAUCGGCUGACUCUUGCAAUGUCUAUCUGCAUUAUUUCUCUCUCGCUCACCGAUUAGGAAAGACACUGUUUCUUUUCUUCCAGGAAUGGAUCAUAGAGAAUUGUGAAUACUUAUCAGAGAAUACGCCUUAAACUUGGAAAAUUACUUUGCUUUCUCUCUUUUUGGGGGUUUGGGGUUAAUCUUAUGAAUGGAAUUAGAUAGCAUUGAAAGUGUUCCAUCCUCAGAUUUGACUCACGAGGAUGAGAUUCAUCACCACCAUCUUCAAUUCCCUUCAGUUCCAAAGCCUCAAAGCAACAACAACAACAUCAACAACAGUAAUACUGUUUCCUCAGCGAUUCAAUCCAUCAGUGUCCAUGAGUUGCUCGAAUGCCCUGUUUGUACCAAUUCUAUGUACCCUCCAAUUCAUCAGUGCCACAAUGGGCAUACUCUUUGUUCGACUUGUAAAACAAGAGUACACAACCGGUGUCCCACUUGUAGACAAGAACUUGGUGAUAUUAGAUGUUUAGCAUUGGAGAAGGUUGCCGAAUCACUUGAGCUUCCGUGCAAAUACAUGUCACUUGGGUGCCCUGAGAUUUUUCCAUACUAUAGUAAACUCAAACAUGAAGCUUUAUGUAACUUCAGGCCAUACAACUGUCCGUAUGCUGGAUCUGAGUGUGCUGUUGUUGGGGAUAUCCCGUUCCUUGUUGCUCAUCUGAGGGAUGAUCACAAAGUAGACAUGCAUUCUGGAUGCACUUUCAACCAUCGUUAUGUCAAGUCUAAUCCCCGUGAAGUAGAAAAUGCAACAUGGAUGUUAACUGUUUUCCACUGUUUUGGCCAGUAUUUCUGUCUGCAUUUUGAAGCUUUCCAGCUAGGGAUGGCACCUGUUUAUAUGGCAUUCCUUCGUUUCAUGGGUGAUGAGAUAGAAGCCCGUGAUUACAGCUACAGCCUGGAGGUUGGGGGAAAUGGUAGGAAACUCAUUUGGGAAGGGACCCCACGAAGCAUUAGAGAUAGCCACAGGAAGGUUAGAGAUAGCAAUGAUGGCCUCGUUAUACAAAGAAACAUGGCGCUGUUCUUCUCUGGAGGCGAUAGGAAAGAGUUAAAGCUUCGAGUGACGGGGCGCAUAUGGAAAGAGCAGCAGAACCCAGAAGGUGGGGCAUGCAUACCCAAUCUCUGCAGUUAGGGUGGUUUGCGCUUUAUCUGUCUCUCUCUCUCUCUCUCUCUCUCGCGUGCUGCUUAUCUUUUGUAAUAUUAGAAUAUUUAGAUGUCUUGGGAAUUGGUAUGUAUGAAUACUGGAGUCCUGAGCUUUAUAAAUUGUCAAUAAACAAUCCGAAGGAAGUUACUCUGGCAUUGCUGGGAAUUUAUCAGUUUAGCAGCUGCGUCAAUUUGUAUGGUGAACUUCAUAUUGUCAUGUAUCAAUUUGGAUACGCGUUGAAGUUACUGCUAUAAUUGGCCUGA